AUGUCUUCAUUUAUGCGACUUGGGGCCCUGCUCCUCGGUGCAGUUUACUCUGCCACUGCGGCGCCGGUGGAACUCGAUAAGAGAGCUGUUUCUGCCAAUGUCCUCGAUCAACUCCAAUUUUUCAGCCAGUAUUCUGCUGCAGCAUACUGCCUGGUGAACAACAACAGCCCCAAUACCAAAAUCACGUGUCCACAAGGGAAUUGCGCCCGAGUCGAACAGGCGAACACCAACACCCUGACUGAGUUCGAGAACUCUAUCAAAUCCGACAUUACCGGCUUCGUAGCAACCGAUACUACCAACAAGCUCAUCGUCCUUUCUUUCCGCGGCUCCCGGUCCGUGCGAAACUGGCUCACCAACCUAAACUUCCCUAUCGUACCCACAACGCUCUGCACAACUUGCACAGCGUCUAUCGGUUUCUGGUCCUCUUGGCUCGAGGCGCAGUCAAGCGUGAUAUCCGCCAUCUCCACAGCGCGUGCCCAGUAUCCUGAGUACAAAGUCGUUGCGACCGGCCACUCCCUCGGCGGCGCACUGGCUUCUCUAGCUGCCGGAGUGCUCCGGUCACAAGGUGUGACUGUCGAUCUGUACACGUACGGCGCGCCGAAGGUCGGACUGGAGGGUAUCUCGCAGUAUCUCGGUUCGGGCUCCCAUGGGCAGACGUUUAGGGUUACGCAUAAAGCCGAUCCAGUUCCCAAGUUGCCGCCUGCGUUGCUCGGUUACCGACAUAUCAGUCCGGAGUACUAUGUCACCAGUGGGAAUUCUGCUAUGCCGGGGACUGGAGACGUGAAGGUUUUGCCUGGGACGCUGAAUUUGGCUGGAAAUGAGGGUGAUUUCGGCGUGGAUGUUGAUGCUCAUUUGUAUUACUUUGGGCAUAUUAGUGCGUGUGAGGGUGUGGAAGGCAUCGAGAUCAAAAAGGUAUAA